CAACCACCUCCCCUUUCUCAGGCCCCCCAUGACAGAGUUCGACUUCGUUUGGUGCCACAUAUAAGUUAUAACCCCAAGGAACUCAGCAAGUUACUUUUGUCUCACUCAGAAAUGGCUAAUCAAUUCGUCAAGCGGUUAAUACGUAACAUUUAUUAUACUAAAAAUAAGUUGAUGACACCAGAAGUGCUUAUAAGUUCUGUGUACGUUAUCCUUGAUCAAUCUCGAUGCCAUUCGUCAGAAGCAGAUAAGAUACAACCUGAUGUGUUGAACAAGGCCAAGGAUGCACCUCAAGUUUUUUCAAGACCUAAAGUGGAAAAGAGGCAGACAAUGACUCUGAGCUUGCAAAAUACAGCUCUGGUGAUGAUGAUGUCAGUGAUGGUAAAUGGAGGAAGUGUAGCUGGCCACAAAUCCUCCCCAAGCAGUCGAUCUUUAACAGAGAUCCUCGCAACCAUUCAACGGAGUAAGAUUGGGAUUGGAGAUUGGAGUUUGAGUGAUCUUGCAAUCGGUCUAUAUCUUAUUUUUCUACGUCAAGCAUCUUUAAAUCCAUUCGAGGAUGUUAAGGGUGUUCAAAUUACAUCAGAAGCAAUUGUCCAAGAUCUCAUAUACCAUGUUGAGUUGGCAAAAGGCUCUUAUAAGGGUGGUGCAUCAGGUCUUGCAAGACAUAGCAUGCUUCAAGAGAGCAAUAUUUUGAAAUUUGAAAAAUAUUUCAGCAUGAUGAGGCCUGGAUAUUAUAUAGGAAUUGAUCCUCGUAAAAAGCUUGUAAUUUUUGGAAUUCGUGGAACUCAUAAUGUGUACGACCUCAUCACUGACAUUGUUUCUUCAAACAAUGAAGAAGUCACAUUUGAAGGUUAUUCAACUCACUUUGGUACAGCUGAAGCUGCCCGCUGGUUUCUUAGACAUGAGAUUGGAACCAUAAGGCACUGCUUAGAGAAUCAUGAGGGAUAUCAGUUAAGGCUAGUGGGUCAUUCGCUUGGUGGUGCUACUGCUUCUUUACUUGCGAUAAUGCUCCGUAAAAAGUCAUUCAAAGAGCUGGGGUUUAGUCCUGACAUUGUUUCUGCUGUUGGAUAUGCAACUCCACCUUGUGUAUCCAGAGAACUUGCUGAAAGUUGCUCAGAUUUUGUGACUACUGUGGUUAUGCAGGAUGAUAUAAUACCUAGAUUAAGUAUAACUUCCCUGUCAAGGCUGAGGAGUGAGAUUCUUCGAACUGAUUGGUUAAGUGUUGUUGACAAGGGAGACUGGAAAAAUGUCUUAGAUAUGGUUACAAAUGCAAAGCAGAUGGUGUCUUCAAUGCAAGAUGUAGCUCGAAAACUUUCAGAUUAUGCAAAGCUCAGAUGCAAGAAUGAUUCUUCUGAUGUUCUUUUCCGAAAAGAAUCAUCUACUUUUCCUAUCAUCUCUUCAACGUUAAAAUCAACCAUGCAGAAUGCCACGGUCCUUAAGAAGGAAGAAUCUGCCGGUACAGUAGCUGACAAGUUAUUUGUACCAGGUACGGUAUACUGUCUAAAGAGGGAUGUCGACACUCAGACCAGUGGCAGUGUCAAGGAAGGUAGGGAAUUUUUCACUCUCUGGAAAAGACAUCCUGGUGAACAUUUCCAGAGAAUAGUGCUCUCGGGCAACAUUAUUUCAGACCACAAAUGUGAUAAUCAUUUUUAUGCUUUACGAGAUGUACUAAAAGGCUUGCCAGGGUCCAGUGAUGAAUGGAUAUUCAGGUAGCCAAAAUCCAAAAUGUUUAAAAUUUUGAUUUGACAGUCCGUAAAUUAAUAAGUUUUGGAUCAACUACCAGCA